CCAGACGCUCGCAAGGAUCCCGGGUGGAAUGACGGGAGGGAGUCUCGGCAGCUCCUAACUGCCAGCGAUGGCGUCGCGGUGCCGCGCCCAGUCCCCAGCCUGCCGGCCGGUACUCACUGCUACCCCGAGUUCGUUCAGACGGUGAGAUUUGGGGCGGGUCCGAGGCAGCGGCGGGACUCUACCUGCGACCGGGACCAUGAGGAACGGCCAGACCCGUGGGGCUGCUAACGGGAGCAGUCGCGGUACCUGCUGAGAGGAAAGAGGGAGCGGCGGCGCGGCAGGGGCGCGGCAGAGGCUUGCCCGCGCCUCGGCCAUGUCACUGCUCUGCGUGCGCGUUAAAAGGGCCAAAUUCCAGGGUUCACCAGAUAAAUUUAACACAUAUGUGACCCUGAAAGUUCAGAAUGUGAAGAGUACAACUGUAGCAGUUCGUGGUGAUCAGCCUUCCUGGGAACAGGAUUUCAUGUUUGAGAUUAGUCGCCUGGACCUGGGUCUAAGUGUGGAAGUAUGGAACAAAGGACUGAUCUGGGACACCAUGGUGGGGACUGUGUGGAUUGCACUGAAGACUAUUCGUCAGUCAGAUGAGGAAGGGCCUGGGGAAUGGUCCACAUUGGAGGCAGAGACAUUAAUGAAAGACGAUGAGAUCUGUGGAACUAGAAACCCAACUCCUCAUAAAAUUUUGCUUGAUACAAGAUUUGAGUUGCCUUUUGAUAUCCCAGAAGAGGAAGCCAGAUAUUGGACCUACAAAUGGGAGCAAUUCAAUGCCUUGGGAGCCGACAAUGAGUAUCCUAGUCAAGAAGAAAGCCAGAGGAAGCCAUUGCCCACUGCUGCCGCCCAGUGUUGUCACUGGACCUAUUUGGGCUGGGGAAAGCAACAGACUUUUGAAGACCCUGAUAGUGCAGUCGAUGACCGAGAUAGUGACUAUCGCAGUGAGACCAGCAACAGCAUCCCACCUCCUUACCAUACAACUUCUCAGCCCAAUGCCUCUGUGCAUCAGUUCCCUGUGCAGGUGCGAUUGCCACAGCAGCUGCUAUUUCAAGGCAGUUCCCGGGACUCUUGUAAUGACUCUAUGCAAAGUUCUGACCUUGAUUAUCCGGAGCGGCGGGCUAUCAGACAAGGCUCACAGGCUAAAAGUGAAAAAAUUAUGAUUAUUUCAGCUUUCUCUGAUGUUAACUAUGAAGAGCAAGAAGAUAGGCAUAAGGAGAUAAAGGGGAAAAUAUCACAAGAGUUUCUAGAAAAUAAUAACAUAAACUUGAAGGAAGUAGAGGUAAAAGAAAUUAGAACCCUUUCAAAAGCUGAUAAGUACUAUAGCCAACAUAAACAACCAAAGUAUAAGAACAGGAAAAAGACACCGCCUCAGAGCCAACAAACAGAAUUCUCUACUGAGCUUAAGUUUGAAGCAUCUGUUUUCUCCAGGUAUCCUCAGAAAUAUGAUACACUAGAUAGAAGAAGAAAAAAGAAACCCUUAUACAGUCAUUUUGAAGACAGUGAAAGAAGGCAGUAUGAUGAGAGAUCUGAAACUAAGACUAACUACAAAAGCACAUAUUCUAAUACUGAAAAUUGUAACUUUUGCCAUAUUGAAAAGAAGAAACAAAAUAUGGGGUACCCAGUUUUGUACCCCUACAGAAAUGGAUUUGUGGUUAAGAGAGGCAUACAGCACAUUAAUUUGGAAAGUCAUGAUCUGUCCAGUUGUUUAAGGCACUGUGAAAAGUCAUCUGGCUCAAACCAGCAUGUCACUAAUUUUACUUCAUUAGAUAUUCUUGAAGAUUCUACCAGCAGUACUUCUGAUGAACUUCUGGGUUCCCCUAUUUCUGAUAAGCAGGAAGAUUUGCAGUCACCAACAUGGCAUCCAUCCAAUGUCUACCAUAUUGGAGAUUUUCCUGAAGAAUAUUAUGUAGCAAAUUCAGCAUUGCCAUUACAAAGGAUGAAUUGUGAUGCAAAAACACUUGGAGAUAUGUCUGGAUGCUCCACAGAAGAGAUAACCCCUUCCUCUAUUGAGGAGCCCAAGGAGGACCAUAUUGAUACGAUCGAUGAACUUCAGUGUUUGGUAGAAACUGUGUCAGAAUAUUUAGCAGAGAAGGAAGAGGAGAUUAAUAGAUUUGGCUCACUUUCAAAAACUAAAAAAUCACAGAAACAAAAUAGUACUGUUGAUGCAGAACAGAGAACACCUGGAGAUCAAAUACUACCUUUAACUAUUGUCAAGAAUAACAAGGACAGGGCCAUCUCUUUCCCUGAGUUGACUGGAGUAAAAUGUGCUGUUGGUUCUUUGUUUUGUUCACUCACAGAAAAAGUGGGUUUAGGCACAAAGCAUCUAACAAACUCUGUGGAAAAGCUGGUUUCCUUAGUUCCAGAGAAAACAGAAACCCUUAAUGAAAUAGAGAUGAUUAAUUCGGGAUCUAAACACAGAGCCAUGGCAGUAUUGGAAAAGGAUCUUUCCAUGCAAUCUCCAUUAUCCUCUCAAACAGACAAUAAUGUGACUAUAGAAAGACAUGGAAAAACCUCUGAAAAUGAGCACAUGGGCAACAAAACUGGGAGUUUAAGCUUUCAGAAUGCAACAGAAACUACUGAAAAGGACUCGGCUCCACAGAGUCAGAGUUCAGUUAUAAAGUCGGUUUUCAGCAGGUUAAAUCCAUUGAAGAUCUUUUCAGAAAAGGAGGAAACAAAAAAAGAUGACGACCAGAAUAAGCUACCAAGAAAGGAAAACUUUGUUGAGUGUGGUUUGGAGUUAAAUAAAAGGGAAGGCACUCUUAACAAUUACAGUAGUAGCAUCAUUGCUUUAAAUAGGAGUGAUGAGGAAACUACAGGCUCAUUCCAGAUGCCCACAAGUGAGAAUUUAUUGUCCUCCCAAAUAACCAGUGAACCUUCAAACUUAGCUAGUUCUGCAAGUAAAAAAGAAGAUAUUGAGAGUCCAAUGGAAGGAAAACCCUGUAUAGAUCUGUCUCUGUUACCAGAUCAACAAAAAGUAUGUGCCAAAGAUAGUCCAGGACAUCCUCGUAAAGCUGGCAGUGGAAUUUCAAAUAAAGAGAUAUCUUCAAAGCCAUUAGAGGAGGACAAAGUUACUGGUAAUGAUGAUUUCCUUGAGCCACUCAGAAAAUCAUUUAGCCAGUUUUUGCUCAAUUCCCCUGAGACCUGUUCAAAGGAAACUUUGUCAGAAUCUGUGAAAACUGACCAGAUGGAAGAAGAUGGAUUGGAAACGGGACUUAAGAAAGAUGAACAUUCCUUUCCCUUUAGUGGAAAACUAAAUCUUUCAUUUUUUAGAGGUCUUGGUCAUACUGAAAAGCAACAGGAGUUAAAAGAGAAAGGAAGUGUUUUUCCCUUGUUUAAAUUUUCCUUCACUGACAGCAAGGUUACUGUUAAUGACCAGAGUUUACAUGACUCAGCAGUAACCACUGAUGAGGAGAGCAAAAGAAAUUGCCAUGAAGAUACCAAACAUAGUUCAGUAAAAUCUAGUUCUGUUCCAUAUAUUCAUAGUGAUCUAGGGAAAUUUGACAGUACAGAGGAAUUUCAAAAGAAUGACCAAAUAAAUUGUCCUGAAAAUGCCAAACUUAGUUCAAUAAAAUCUAGUUCAGUUCCAAAUAUUCAUAACGAUCUAGAGAAGUUUGACAGUACAAAGGAAUCUAAUGAGAAUGAACAAGUAAACUGCCCUGAAGAUGCCAAACUUAGUUCAGUAAAAUCUAGUUCAGUUCCAAAUAUUCAUAAUAAUGUAGGGAAAUUUGACAAUACAGAGGAAUUUAAUCAGAAUGACCAAAUAAAUAGUCCUGAAGAUGCCAAACUUAAUAUAAUACAGUCUGAUUCAGGUACAAAUAUUAAUAAUGUUCUGGGGAAAUUUGGGAGUAUAGAGGAAUUAAACCCAAGUUACCACACAGCAAGAGAGAAUGUUGAAAGAGAUUACUUAGCCAUUUCUAGAGUUGUGCCCAAAGAACAUAUAGCUUCAGAUCCUUUAGGAGAUGGUAAGACUUUUAUACAAGCAACAUCUUCAGUAGCAUCAGAGUCUUCAUUAGAGUGUAUUUCUACCACUUCCAAAUCUACUUUGGUUAAUGAAAUUAAUGAAGAUAAGGUUAUAGAUAAGACUUGCAAGAAAAAACCCCAAGGAAGCUUCCUUUCUGGCCUUUUUAGUAAGUUUUCUUCUGCUGAAAAUUUGUCUAGUCAACAAGAAUUAAAUUUGAAAAAUGAUGACUCCCAUCAUAAGAAUAAUAACCCAGGUUUAAUCUCUGGAAUAUUUAACCUGCUAUCAAAUAGCAGUGUGACUGAUCAUAAACCAGAGGAAGCAAAGUUUGUGUCUUUAGGCAACACAAAGAGUUUGGAUGGAGAUAAGCAUUUAUCCUUGGAUGAGGUUCCUGCUAUUUCACGUGUGAGUUUUGAGAACCCAAAGAACCAUGUUGAAAAAAGUGAAAUUUCUAGCUCUAUAAAAGCCUCCUUAUUACCUAAAGAAAACAUACCAUUAUCUGAUGCUGGGAUUGAUAAUCACCAUUGCCCUCCUACAUGGAAAAACCAGCAAAGUGAAAAGCCUUGCCCCUCCUCUGAGAACAUUGUACUUCACUGUGCUCCAAGUGUUCAGCUGGGUUUUUUGGAGAAAUCUAUGGCUAAGAGGCCAAGGCUAAACCAUGUUCUUGAGACAAAACUACGUGAAAAUUCAAACAAGUUAGACUCACCUGUACUAAAUACUAACAUGUUCAAUAAAUCAAACAACUAUCAGGCAUUUGAAGAGAUGAACAGUCCCUUCUGUUUUGAAUGGGACUCUGACAUAAAAGAUUUGUCUAAAAAUUCUAGAAAAAUUCAGCCAGUUUAUUAUAUGUUAAAUCAAAAUAGAUUUCCAUCAGCCAAUGCUUUCUUGUGGCUUAACUCAGAAAACUCAGUGAUUAAUUUUUGCCAAAAAGAUCAAAAUGCAAAUAUCUUAGAGUGGAGAACAAAUCCAAACAGUGUCAUUUGGUGUGGCUUACCAUAUGAAUCAUUCAAUCAGUUAGCAUUUAAUGAAGAUUACUUAUUAAGAGGUGAUGUGUGGGCAGCUAACUCAUUAUAUGGAAACUCUGGUCCUUUUCCAGUUAAUGAGGCUAAGAAUUCACUAGAAGAAUUACCCAUUGACUUAAGUUAUUCAUCAGAUCAUGAAAAGACUACAUGCCCCAUAGUUAACCAAGAAUCAUUAAGAAUUGAUGAAAACUUUGUUUUUUCAAGUUUUGGUUGUGAGUACCAGGAAUGGUUGUCAUGUCUUGAACAUGGAGUGUGGUGGCCAUCAGAGGAUGGGGAUUAUGGAUAUUACAUGUUUCAUGAUGGUCAAUAUAUCUAUUCUCUUCUCACUGAUUCUACUGGGCAGUAUGCAUAUUUAUUUAUACCUGAUUAUUCUUAUCAAGAGUAUUUGGAUUGUGAUUUACAGACAAAUGAUCUAUCAAGUAUUACGUUGGAUGACAGCAUUAUUUCUGCCUGUAACUUUAAAGUACUUGAUAAGGAAGAUGAAAUAUUGUGGUAUGUUGAAGAGGAACCAGUUGAUGACCCUCUUGAUUUAACUUUAGCUUUGCCAAGAAGUGAGGAACCAUUGUAUCUAAAUUUAGAAACCUUUUCACAAGUACUUGAAGAGUCAAGUUAUGACCAAAGCGAUCAGCCACUAGAUUUUUCAGGCUAUAAUCGUCAAAAGUUUAAAGGAGAUUUUAGAUCUUUCAAAGAAAGGCCAUGUGGUUCUAAAGACCUUGAAUGUAUACUGGAUCUCAGAAACGAGCCCCAAACCAUUAGUGAUCAUGUCUUAAACAGGGAUCAAAUUAUAGAGAGAGAUAAGAACCAGCCUCCAGCUAAAGAUUCAUCAGUUCACCUUUCCAGCUUCCACUGGCUUCAGUCUUCUAUUGAAGAGGUUGCCACUUUGGUUCAUCCUGAAAAUAUGACUAAAGGCUUAGAACAAGCAGAAGAGACAUCAUUAGUGAACAAAGUGACUUCAGUAUUUUCUGUUUUGGGUGCCUCAGUUGGGAGUACUUUGAAUUUUGAUCAGAGUGAAUCCUUAGAGUCUUUGGCCAUGCAGAAAGUGGACACUCAGCCCUUUGAGACCUCUGGGCAGUCAAAUUUACCAGAGCUCACAAAUGAUGGUUUUCAGUCAUUAAUCUUGAGUAAGCAAUUAGAUGGUAACUCCCCCAAUGAGAAAAAAAGUCUUCUCAAGGAUUCAGAAAGACAGAUAGUAUCCCAUGUUCAGCAUCCAGAAUUAACUAAAAAUACAAGGCAAGAAUUCCCUUUAAAUAAAAACAUUCGUGUGAAAAAGCAAAGUUUGUUAAAAUCUGGUUUGCAGGUAAGCCAAACAACUCCUCAGACUAAAUCAGGUGUAAAAAAUGACAAAAUUAUAGCAACAGAUUCCAUUUCAGUUUCUCCUGCACCUCAGCAUAGUAGGGAUGAGCAUGAGAAUCGUGAGCUUCCCCAGGACCAGUUGUCCAAAGAGUCUCAGAAAACACUUUUUAAAAGUGCAUUGAAACUCUUUAGUCGAGAAGAAUCUUCACGAAGUAUGACAGCAAAUGAAAAACAGUCAUCUGGAUUUUUGAAUCUUUUAAAAACUCAGGUGAACAAAGAAGGAUCACCAAACUUAGAAAAGACUGGGGAUAUAAAUGUCAAGAUAUCACCUCAGGAAAAGAAAGAAUCUUCUGAUGUUUCAAAUUUUUGGGGUACCCUUGGGGAUUUCUUUAAAGCCAAUGUUUCUCCUAUACAGACAACUGAAAAUAUGUCUGUUUCUGCAAUGACUAAUAAAGAUGAGGUCAGGUCAAGCCCUACUCCUAUACAGCUAGCUAGCCAGGGUGCUGAGAACUUUCCUGCUGUACCAAUUGCCUCUAAAGGCAAGGCUAGAGUUAGAAGACUGAACAAACAGACUACUAUUGAUGACAGUAGGUUAAAGGAACCAUCAACUGGAGGGAUCCAGGGUAAUGAUUUGACUGAAAAAGAGGUACCAUUCAGAGACCACCUAAUCCAGCAGUCACUUAAUUCAUCUUUCUCAACAAGUAGACUCAAAGAGUGUUCCAGAGAUUCUUCAGUAGAAACUAGUGGUAUGACUACAGUGACAGAAGUUUCAAAAAGUAAUGAAAUAUCAUUUGAUACCCUGAGUAAAAGAAAUUCAAAUGAACAAGAUAAUUUUUCUGACAGAGACUGGAGCUUUUCAAUGGCUACGACAUCUUCAUCUCAACCAGAGUUACCAACCAAAAAGAGUUUAUUUUCUUUUCUGACUGGAUCUGAAAAAUCUGAGAGUAGAGCCUCAGCUACUCUACCAAGAGCCAAAUCUCAAGCAGAAGGGCUAUUCACACUUCCUUCCUUUUUUUCCACUGCUAGCUCAAGCAUUAAGAAAGACGCCUGUCGAAGUAGCUCUACUUUUAGUUUCUUCAGCUUGUCCUUUUUAGAUCAAAACAAGGAGACCUCUGGGGAAAAACAAAGCAUUUCAACUGCUGUUCCGGUGACCUCCCAGCCCUGUAAAAAGACAAAUGUUUUUGUAGACAGUGGUAGCACAAUGACCACAGAAAGCUCCAGUGGUCAUAGAGAUAGCAUAGCCCAAGAAGUAGUUCAUGAACAGCAAAUGGCACCUUGUAUUUCCAUUAACAACACCAUUGAGGUUACCUCCCUUGCAGAUGAGCUCAAUGUAGCGAAGGAAUGUCAGGAAAAACUGAGUUCCAGUAAUGAACCAGGGACAUCAGCGGAUUUCCAGAUGAAUCAGUUGCAAGAAGACAUUAUUUCUCCUUUACCAGAAUUUCAGGCCCAGGCUGAAACAUUCCUCAUUGGCCCAGGAACCCUUGGGAUAGCUCCCCAUGAGGAAGAGGCUCUCAACCAGAAAGACUUCCCCAGUGACUCACUGUCCAACUCUUUUUCAAAUGAUAAGCAGUUAAUUGAAAAGUUCAAUGAUUUAGACACUUGUACUAACCACCACCAAGAUAAGAAAUUUACUACUGACCCAUUGAACUUGCCAUUAGAAAAGGCCCCUGAUGAGGUCUUACCACAGAUCCUGGAGCCAGCCUCUUCUCCAGAGCCAGGGUGUGCAGGGAACCUCCAGAAACGAGAUGCAGAUAAAGAGGAAGACAAAUCCACAUUAGGCUCUUCAGUAGACAUGCUUUCAGGGUUUGUGACCAAAGUGAAAUCUUUCUCUGGGAGCUUAAUUGAACCUCCCAAAACAUUCUCUGGACUUUUCUCUUCUCCUAAAUCUACAAAGAAAACCCCAUUUUUCUCUCUUUCUUCUGAUGUAUCAUCUCAGCCCCUCAAAGGUGAAUUAUUUGGAAUUUUCAGAAGUCCCAAGCCAGAGCCAUACAAACAAGAAUCAUCUCUCCCAGCUACUUCAUGGCUUCAAAAUGAUUGUUCCAGAGAUACUGUAGGAUCAGUACCUCCAGAAAGGAGAGAAGCUGCCUGUACAGUACCCAAUUCAGAAUCUACUCUCAGUGACUGUAGAAUGACUGUGGUUAGUACAAAGCCAGAAUCAGAUAUCUUGACAGAUGAUCUUAAACUAACAACCAAAAUGGAAGACAAUAAUACUCCUGAAAAUAUUCUGGAAUCUCAACGUUCUGAAACAAUUAACACAUCUUCUUUCUCAGGUGAUGAUACUGGGCAAGGAGUAUUGUCUCUGAGUGAUGAAGGAGACAUGGGGAUAUUGCAAGCUACAGACACAGAGGCAUCGUUAGAAGCAGACAACAUCGCGCUGCCAACACAGUUGCAUCCAGAUCCUACCUGCAUUGCCGAAGAGCUUCCUUCUCCAAUUCAGCCAUCUCAGCCUCUUGAGCUAGAGCCAGCUAUUCAGACUGCCUCCACAAACCAAUACUUGUUGGAGCUGCAUCCAGCCAGUUCACUAGAAACUGAUACUGUACUGUUCAGUGAUGCAAGUGUGAGCCAAACCAUUACACUGGAAACCGAAGGGCAUUUUUCUUAUCCUCCACUGGAGGACCCUGUGCUUCCUGCCAAAGAAUGUUGUGAGAUAAUUCAUGCUCAGAAAGAUCCAUCUGCAGGCCCCCAAGAAACAGAGCAGUCAAGACCACAUUUUGAGAUCCCAAAUGUCACCAGUUGGCCAAAGCUUCGUUUCCCAUCCUCUACUACUAACCAGGGGAAACCACUGAGCUCUUUCUUUUCCUCACCUCUCCCCUCUGGCAAUAGAGCAGCAGAGACUGGGUUAAUGUCCAGUUUUAAGAAGUUGUCAACUCUAUUUGAGGGAAUUGGUGAGGGGAAAGGGAGUGCACUAGCAAGUGAUUCAAAACUAGGGUUUGGAAAGAAGGUGGAUCUUUCAUUUCCAUGGCCAAAAGAGAACAAAGGGGACCCUGAACAAAUCCCUACAGAAUCCUCCCCUACAGUUUUAGUUACUAGCAGUGAUCAGGACCUUCACUCCAGUGAGGCUAACAAAGGUUUGGAGUCUUCUCAAAUAUCUGGGGCCAGUGCUCAGCCAGCUAAAGUCUACACUCAGCCCUUUGAGACCUCUGAACAGCUGGUGGCCAGCCCAGAUGUCAGUGCUCAGGGACUUUCAGGGCCUGGAGAAGGGGGAAACCAGCAGGAAAUUUUAGCAUCUGGAGAAAACUGUGAUACCAAAGGCCACCUCUCUAGCCCCACCUGUCCUUCAGGGGAACAUGAAAAUGAGACCUCUACUGUCUCUGAGAUACUUCGUCAGCCAGAAAAACAAGAAGAGGAAGCAGUGUCUGCUAGUACUGACUGUGUUUUGAAUGUGCAGCAGCCAGUUACUCCAAAUGACAUCAAGGAGCCAAUGACCAACAAAAGCCCCACCAGCAGCAGUAGGUAUGGCUCCUCCUGUAAUGUGAGUCAAGGAAGCUCUCAGCUAAGUGAACUAGACCAGUAUCAUGAACAAGAUGACGACCAUCGAGAGAGGGACUUGAUUCAUUCCUGCCACAGCUCUCACAGCCUCUCCAGAGAUGGCCAAGAAGAUUUUGGAGAACAAGAGAAAGCCUUGGAGGUGACAGGUCAAGCAGAGAAGAAGUCAGCAUGUGAACCCAAGGAGAUAAAAGAAGAUGCUACAACCCACCCUCCCCCAGAUCUGGUGCUGCACAAAGACCACUUCCUAGGCCCCCAGAAGAGUUUUCCUGAGGAGAAUGCAUCUUCACCAUUUACCCAAGCCAGAGCACAUUGGAUCCGAGCAGUUACCAAGGUUCGACUCCAGCUGCAGGAGAUUCCAGAUGAUGGUGACCUCUCUCUGCCUCAGUGGCUCCCGGAAGGGCCAGCUGGAGGGCUCUAUGGCAUUGACAGCAUGCCGGAUUUACGCAGAAAGAAGCCACUGCCACUUGUCAGUGAUCUGGCUAUGUCACUGGUCCAGUCCCGGAAGGCAGGAAUCACUUCUGCAAUGGCUACACGCACUUCUCUUAAGGAUGAAGAGCUGAAAUCCCAUGUGUAUAAGAAAACCCUGCAGGCCUUAAUCUACCCCAUUUCCUGCACCACUCCUCACAACUUUGAGGUCUGGACAGCCACUACCCCAACCUACUGCUAUGAGUGUGAAGGCCUGCUCUGGGGCAUUGCCCGGCAGGGCAUGCGCUGCAGCGAGUGUGGAGUCAAAUGCCAUGAGAAGUGCCAGGACUUGCUCAAUGCUGACUGCCUGCAGCGGGCUGCAGAAAAGAGCUGUAAACAUGGAGCUGAGGACCGGACUCAGAACAUUAUCAUGGCCAUGAAGGACCGCAUGAAGAUCCGAGAGCGAAAUAAGCCAGAGAUCUUUGAAGUUAUCCGGGACGUCUUCACAGUGAACAAAACUGCCCAUGUGCAGCAGAUGAAAACAGUGAAGCAGAGUGUACUGGAUGGCACCUCCAAAUGGUCGGCCAAGAUUACCAUUACGGUGGUGUGUGCCCAAGGCCUACAAGCCAAAGACAAAACAGGAUCCAGUGACCCGUAUGUGACUGUGCAAGUUGGCAAAACCAAGAAGCGUACCAAGACCAUUUUUGGAAACUUGAAUCCUGUUUGGGAGGAAAAGUUCCAUUUUGAGUGCCACAACUCCUCUGACCGCAUUAAGGUGCGUGUGUGGGAUGAGGAUGAUGACAUCAAGUCAAGAGUAAAGCAACGCCUAAAGCGAGAAUCUGAUGAUUUCCUAGGCCAAACCAUCAUUGAGGUUCGGACGCUAAGUGGCGAGAUGGAUGUCUGGUACAACUUGGAGAAGAGGACAGACAAAUCGGCCGUCUCAGGGGCUAUCCGACUACAAAUCAGUGUGGAGAUCAAGGGGGAGGAGAAAGUAGCCCCGUACCAUGUGCAGUAUACAUGUCUCCAUGAGAAUCUUUUCCAUUACCUCACAGACAUUCAGGGCGGUGGAGGAGUCCGCAUCCCUGAAGCUCGAGGAGAUGAUGCCUGGAAGGUGUACUUUGAUGAGACAGCCCAAGAAAUUGUGGAUGAAUUUGCCAUGCGUUAUGGCAUCGAGUCCAUAUAUCAGGCCAUGACGCACUUCGCAUGUUUGUCAUCCAAGUACAUGUGUCCUGGUGUGCCAGCAGUGAUGAGCACCUUACUGGCCAACAUCAAUGCCUACUAUGCCCACACAACUGCCUCUACCAAUGUCUCUGCAUCUGAUCGCUUUGCAGCCUCCAACUUUGGGAAAGAGAGAUUUGUAAAACUGCUGGACCAGCUGCACAAUUCACUGAGGAUUGACCUUUCUACAUACAGGAAUAAUUUCCCUGCUGGGAGUCCUGAACGGCUUCAGGACUUAAAAUCCACAGUGGAUUUGCUGACCAGCAUUACUUUCUUCAGAAUGAAGGUACAAGAACUGCAAAGCCCGCCAAGAGCUAGCCAGGUGGUAAAGGAUUGUGUAAAGGCCUGUUUGAACUCCACAUACGAAUAUAUCUUCAACAAUUGCCAUGACUUAUACAGCCGCCAGUACCAGCUGAUGCAGGAACUACCUCCAGAGGAACAAGGGCCCAGCAUUCGGAACCUGGAUUUCUGGCCAAAGCUCAUCACACUCAUUGUGUCAAUCAUAGAGGAAGAUAAAAAUUCCUACACACCUGUUCUGAACCAGUUUCCUCAGGAGUUGAAUGUGGGAAAAGUCAGCGCAGAAGUGAUGUGGCAUCUGUUUGCCCAAGACAUGAAAUAUGCAUUGGAGGCAACCACUGUCAUUCGUAUACGAAAAGUCCUCUUUCCGGGUGAGCAUGAGAAAGACCACCUGUGUAAGAGUGCUGACUACAUGAACCUGCACUUCAAGGUGAAGUGGCUCCACAAUGAAUACGUGCGGGAUCUGCCUGUCCUCCAGGGUCAGGUGCCUGAGUACCCAGUGUGGUUUGAGCAGUUUGUGCUACAAUGGCUGGAUGAGAAUGAGGAUGUAUCCCUGGAAUUCCUGCGUGGGGCCCUGGAACGAGAUAAGAAGGAUGGAUUCCAGCAGACAUCAGAGCAUGCACUCUUUUCCUGCUCUGUGGUGGACGUCUUCACACAACUCAAUCAGAGCUUUGAGAUCAUCCGGAAGCUAGAAUGCCCGGACCCCAGCAUCCUUGCCCACUACAUGAGGAGGUUUGCUAAGACCAUCGGGAAGGUGCUGAUGCAGUAUGCAGACAUCUUGUCAAAGGACUUCCCAGCCUAUUGCACAAAGGAGAAACUGCCCUGCAUCCUGAUGAACAACAUGCAGCAACUGAGGGUCCAGCUGGAGAAAAUGUUUGAGGCCAUGGGAGGCAAGGAGCUGGACCUUGAAGCUGCAGACAGUCUGAAGGAGCUGCAGGUGAAACUGAAUACAGUUCUGGAUGAGCUCAGCAUGGUGUUUGGAAACAGUUUCCAGGUACGGAUUGAUGAGUGUGUUCGACAAAUGGCCGACAUCCUGGGCCAGGUUCGGGGCACAGGGAAUGCAUCUCCGGAUGCCAGGGCCUCAGCAGCUCAGGAUGCAGAUAGCGUGCUCCGGCCUCUCAUGGACUUCCUGGAUGGCAACCUCACCCUCUUUGCCACUGUGUGUGAGAAGACAGUUUUGAAACGUGUACUGAAGGAGCUCUGGCGGGUGGUGAUGAAUACAAUGGAGAGAAUGAUUGUUCUGCCCCCGCUCACUGACCAGACAGGCACCCAGCUGAUCUUCACUGCUGCUAAGGAGCUGAGCCAUCUUUCCAAACUCAAGGAUCACAUGGUGCGAGAGGAAUCACGGAAUCUCACUCCAAAGCAGUGUGCAGUCCUUGACCUCGCCCUGGACACCAUCAAGCAAUACUUCCACGCAGGAGGCAAUGGACUGAAGAAAACCUUCCUGGAGAAGAGCCCAGAUCUGCAGUCUCUACGCUAUGCCUUGUCUCUGUAUACACAGACCACUGACACUCUCAUCAAGACCUUUGUGCGCUCGCAGACUACCCAGGUGCAUGAUGGGAAAGGUAUUAGAUUUACUGCUAAUGAGGACAUUCGGCCGGAAAAGGGGUCUGGUGUGGAUGAUCCUGUGGGAGAAGUCUCUAUUCAGGUGGACUUGUUUACACACCCUGGUACUGGGGAGCACAAGGUCACAGUGAAAGUGGUGGCUGCCAAUGACCUCAAAUGGCAGACAGCGGGUAUGUUCCGGCCUUUUGUGGAGGUGACCAUGGUUGGCCCACACCAAAGUGAUAAGAAGAGAAAGUUCACAACGAAGUCCAAAAGCAACAACUGGGCCCCCAAGUACAAUGAAACAUUUCACUUCCUCCUGGGAAAUGAAGAGGGGCCUGAGUCCUAUGAGUUGCAGAUAUGCGUGAAGGAUUACUGCUUUGCCCGGGAAGAUCGUGUGCUAGGGCUGGCUGUGAUGCCUCUGAGGGAUGUCACAGCCAAGGGCAGCUGUGCCUGCUGGUGUCCCUUGGGCCGGAAGAUCCACAUGGAUGAGACAGGCCUGACCAUUCUCCGGAUUUUGUCUCAGAGGAGCAAUGACGAGGUGGCCCGAGAGUUUGUGAAACUCAAAUCAGAGUCUCGUUCCACGGAGGAGGGGAGCUGAAACACCUUUGGCUUCUAUGCCAAUAAGGCAGCACCAAUUUCACAAAUCAGGGCCAGUGGGAGUAGGCUGUGUAACCAGCUUAGGGUCUUUGCAGUCAAGAGGCUGACCCCUUCAGUUAAAGAUAUUUGAGGAAAAAUUUGGGGUGGUGAUAAUGUAGCUUUUCACAGAAAGGGUCAUGAAGCACUGACCAGCAGGACUGUGGUACUAGGGGCUGGGAUAUGGGGUUACCACAUGGAGAGAUUUUCCAUAAAGAGAGAGAGACAGACAUUUCUGAGAGUGUCAGCCAUUCUUGGUAGACACCCCUCCACUCCACAUCCCACCUCUAUUCGUCUCCAUGCCAUACCUUAUCCAGUUAGACACAUACAUACCAAUCAUUAGAAGAACAAGUUUAGAGGGUAUGGAACUUGUGCCUGGCUGGAUGAGUAGUCAGUUAAGCCUUUUGCUGAGCCCUGUUGUCUGGAUUGGAGUAUGGCCAGGGCAGGAGUACAUAGAAUAGAAUUUAGAUUCCACUGAUUUUCUAUGGCCCCAAUGAGAACAAGGCUUUGAAACUGAACAAGAUACCUUCUAGAAAUGAACUGUGCUAAUCCCUUUCCCCAGAUUGUAUCAUGAGUAGAACCAAGUUCACGUGGUGCUUCAAAGCCCUAAGCAGAAUAUUUCUUUGGACCCCAGACACUAGGGGCCACCUGCCUGGGAGUCUCCCUACCUCACUCCUCUAGGCAAGGGAGUGAUACUUCAAGACAUGAUAGGCUGUUCUAACAUGUAUCUACCUGAGGGCUAUUUGAAGGAUCCAGGAGUAUUUUCUUCUUGGGUAGGCCCUGAACAAAGCCAAAAAUUGUAGAAAAUCUAGAAAGAGUCCUGCUCAUCUGUGGCCACUGCCUUCUAGCUGUCCUCUGCCUUGCAGAAAGAAUCUAGACUUUGGUCUCUCUCUUUCACCUGGGUUAUUUGUUAUUCCCCUCCUAGAUAUUCAACCCUACAGGAGGAGCCUGGACUCUGAUCCCUCUGUACAGGCUGGAUGGAGGGGGCCCUCAACACUACCUGGGAGGUCAAACUAUUUCAGAGAGUCAGAUGGACUUCCCAAGACUUGCUCAGAGAUGUGAUAAGGUUCUUGGAUUUCCUCUGUAGCAGCCUCCUGGACUUCCUGAGGACUCAGCAUUGUCCACAGAUGUAUUGACCAUUACAUGAAACAAGAAACCAAGCAUCUUUGCUGUUGUUAAUUAUUAUAUGUGCCAUUGUUACAGGAGAUUAUAGGCUAAUCCAUAAUAAAUUAUCUCAUAGCAGCC